UUACGUAGCGUGAUGUGUUGCGUGUGCAAGAUCUAAGAUGGCGUUGUUAUCGUUGUUCCUUCUUUCACUCGCAUUCAACACGGUUUCUUCGGCUCGGAUUGCCGGCUUCUGGCUAAUCGGAGGGUCACAAUACAUUACCAUGAGGCAAAUAAUGGAAGAACUUGCCUCCAAGGGUCAUGAGGUUGUUUUGGUUGUUCCCUCGUCCUGUAGAAUCAAGCCCAGUGAGAAAGUGGCGCACAUGAGUUACCAAGUACCAUACAAAUCAGAAUUCGUUGAGUAUGACUUGGCCCGGCUUGAAAUUGAAGGAAACAAGUUCCAGUUGUUGAAGAAAGUGAGUGAGGCACAGGUUAUAUUUGUUUCGUNCAACCCUGAGAGAAGCCUCCAGGAAGCUGUUAGUAAUGCUGAUCUUCUUAUAAGUACAUCAGAUUUUGCCUUGGAAUACCCACAACCUCUGUUGCCAGGCAAUGUUAUGGUUGGACCACCAAAUGCCAGAGAACCUAACCCUCUUCCCCCUGAUUUAGAAGAAUUUGUCAGUAAUUCAGGGGGCCAUGGUUUUAUCAUUGUUUCCUUUGGAGCAAACGUAGCUUCAAAUCUUCCAAAGCCAGUGGUAGACAUGUUAGCUACAGCGUUUGGGAAGCUGAAACAGCGAGUGGUGUGGAGACUCAAAGGUUACAUUCCAUCAUUCCUUGGCAAAAACAUCAGAGCAGUGGAUUGGUUACUUCAGAAUGAUCUACUAGGUCACAAGGAUAUCAAAGUUUUUGUCUCCCAUGUGGGACACAACAGUCUUUAUGAGUCUGCGUAUCAUGGUGUUCCUGUGGUAGCGUUUCCUUUGUACGCUGAUCAGCAAAGCAAUGCUAAGAAAGCAGAGUAUGUUGGCCUUGGUUUAGCUGUGGAUUAUAAAAGCACUGAUGCCCAACAAUUGUUGGAGACAAUUGAGCGUGUUAUUGGUGAACCAAGGUUCAAAACCAAAGCAAUGCAUAUCUCUGGCCUGUUAAAGGAUCGUCGACAAACGCCCCUCCAAGAAAUCUGUGACUGGGUAGAGUAUGUACUCAGACAUGGUGGAGCCCGGCACCUCAGAGCUCAAGUGUUUAACAUCCCUUGGUAUCAGUACUAUUUGCUUGACGUCAUGGCAUUCCUUGUUGCCAUAGUUAUCAUGGUCGUCAUGGUGAUACGACUGGCAUGUAGAUGCCUGUGUCGUGUGUGCUGUAAGAAGGGUGAUAUCAAAACUAAGGAGGAGUAAAUGAUGGAAAAGUGUCGGUGUGCGCCUUCGUUAGAACUUUAGUUAGAGCUUAAUGUUCUUAAGUUAUUAGUUAUAGGUGAAAAAAAAUGUCUCAAGAAAAAUGUCAAUGUAAAUGUUGACUUAAAAAUGUAGUGGAGAUUUUGUUAUAGAUAUUAAUUAAGGUUAAGGUGGCUCUUAACCAAAACCACAGAAUUUAUUUUAAAUUAAAAAGUUCGCAAAAAGUUGCAUCUUAAAAUGGACGUCGUGCAGAUACAUAAGCAAUUUCCAAAAAGAAGCGAAGGCCUAGGUACGAGAUUAGCGCUAGUGUUUUGUUGGGCAUGUGAGCAGCGGUUUUCCCCGUAGGUUUGCUUAGGAGUUGUCAACAAGAGACAAAGGUAAACUAUUCGAUCUUUCAUUCCUUCGCUGAAUUUCUUUCAUCGUAUUCAACUACAUUGAAUGCUCUCUGUGUAGCCACCUGAAAUACUAUCAAGGCCUCUCGAAAAUGAUUUAAAUUUAUGGAUGUCAAGAGGUUUUUUUUCUUACAUUUUAUUUUAUCUUACCUACUUUUACUUUAGUUUUUUAUUUUUCUUGUUUUUUGCUUUCUGCAAUGGAAAUUUCCGGUUCAUUAACCCAUCAAGAUAUUUCAAAGAGUGUUAUUGAUAAGACAGGGGUAUUACCUUAAGCACAGCAUGAAGAUAGAGAUCCAAGGAAAAUAAAAGUUUAGUCACCCAA